GCUAGUCUGUGGUGUGAUUAUAGGGCCCGCGACAGUAUUUUCGUGUUGAUUGUUGAUGUUCUUACAUAGAAAUGAAAAUAAUUAUGUUAAUAAUUUUGCUGUGUGGGUGUUGCGAGUAGUGGGAAACGAAUGUUUAUAUUUAUAAGGAAUUCAUAUAAAAUUAUGUCAGUGCUCAUUUUCUUUUAGCUUUACGCGGUUGCCUCGCGAUAUUAUGUUGAACAUUCAUAAAUUAUGGCUAUUUUCUUCUUUGUGCAUUAUUGUUAUUGUAGUUUUAUAUUUCCAGUCCGAAGUAACUCGUCUAGAAGAAGGUUAUCGAAAGCUAGAAUACAAAUUAGUUCAAGCGCAUUCGCAAUCUCGUCAGUUUUUCCCGAAGCCGACAGAAAAAGAUGACGAUGAUUUGGUCGUUAUAUACAACAGGGUACCAAAGACUGGGUCUACCAGUUUUGUUGGUGUAGCGUAUGAUUUGUGCAAGAAGAAUCAUUUUAAAGUUUUGCAUAUCAAUAUAACUGCCAACAUGCAUGUUAUGUCACUAAAUAACCAGUAUAAAUUCGCUCAGAAUGUGACAAAGUGGCAAGAGAUCAAGCCUGCACUAUAUCACGGACAUAUGGCAUUCCUCAACUUUGAUAGGUUGGGUACAACAACAAAACCCAUAUUUAUAAAUUUAAUAAGAAAGCCGCUGGAUCGGCUAGUUUCUUAUUAUUAUUUCUUAAGACAUGGGGACAACUUCAGACCUCAUCUCGUGAGGAAGAAGCAUGGCGACAAAAUGACAUUUGAUGACUGUGUUGCAAAAGGACAGCCAGACUGUGAUCCAAGCAACAUGUGGCUGCAGGUACCUUUUUUCUGCGGACAUGCUGCUGAGUGUUGGAAACCUGGAAAUAAGUGGGCAUUAGAUCAAGCAAAGCACAACCUCAUUAACCACUACUUAUUAGUAGGAGUUACUGAAGAAAUGUUAGAUUUUAUCUCAGUAUUAGAAGCUGUAUUGCCAAGGUUCUUCAAAGGUGCAAUAGAGCAUUACUUAAGUAGUAAUAAGUCCCACUUGAGGCAAACAAGUUCAAAAAUUGAGCCCACGUUAGAAACAAUAGAACGGAUAAAAAAAUCUGAUAUAUGGAAGAUGGAAAAUGAGUUGUAUGAAUUUGCAUAUGAACAUUUUAAGUUUGUGAAACGGAAAGUUCUUAUGAGAGACGUGAAUAGUGUACCGCAGAUUUAUUUUUAUGAAAAAGUGCGUCCAAAGUGAUUUUGAAAUUUAGCUUAAACGGCUAAGGUUAGUUGUACAUUUUCUACUCUACUUAAUAUGUGUUGAAAAAUACUGACUGGACUACUCUUAGUAUAAAUUUUCUAUUGUUACU